AUGAAGCGUCCCCACGACCUCAUGCAGCCGUUUAAACAAAAACGCCGGAAAUCGGCGGGAGUAACUCGCGCAACUCGUGGAUCGACCGCCGACGAAGGUUUCUACGAGGUCCGAGAUAUCCUCGACGAGAAGUCCGCAAAGGGUAGAUUAUUGUACAAAGUAGACUGGGCCGAUAACCCUACCACCGGCGAGCGGUACCAGCCGACCUGGGAACCCGCCGAGAACGUCACUGAAGCUGCCGUCGCUGAUUGGCAAAGGGAGAAGCGCAGGCGUGAAGACGUCGCCCGACACGACCUUCACCCCGCCGUGGAAUGCGACGGCCGGCCUGGUUUGGCCCCAAACCGGAGAGUAAAGCGCGGAAGGGAGCCCUCGGUUGUCGACGAAGAGAGGAGGCCACCGAAACGACAUCGAGCAUCAGCUGAUUCGGGCUACACUUCCACCGAGGGAGAUCUUCAAUCAAGCGCCCAGUCUAGCUGGGCGCACGUGCUGUCAGUCCCGCACAACAACGGGCAGCUCGUUCUCGAGAUCGUACAUCCUCCCAACUUCGAUCCGUCCGAAUAUCGUGUCGUCAACUCCUCUCAAUCCGCGCCAUCCUCGCAAGUUGUGGACGCCGCAGCCUCGUCGCGAAGUAGCGGCCAGCAUACCGGUGGCCAAGUCAGCCAGCGAACCAUCCAGGAUUCGCAGGACCCCUUUGACUCCUUGCGCACCCAGUCGACGGGCCAAUCGGCCGCCCACCUCAGUGAGCCUACUUCACAGGCACAAAUAAGCCGUUCUGAUCUCGACAUACCGUCACGCCAACCCGAAACCUCCCAUCACGAUCUCAGCCACCCAUCAGGCUUGCUCGAGGCGCACGAAGCAGCAUCUCAAAACGGUCCCCAUUCCAGUUUACGGCCCCAUCCGCAGCUUGGACAGGAUUUGGCCUCCGACGAUAGUCCCUGGGGCGAAGGCUUUCUAACACAGCCCGAUUACGAGCCCCCGAAUUUCGGUUUCGAGGCCGAAUCACCCCAGCCUACAGAGGGACCCUCAAGCGAUCAGAGCUCCAGCCAACCCCGGGCGAACGAUCCUGCCUCACAAAGUUUUCCUGCACGUGGAACCAACUCCGCCCCGAGCGCCUCCGACGCUCAUUCACCUCUUCAGGCGGCUCAAGCAGUCUCCCUACAUAUUAACAACCUCGGCCUCCUUCGCUCAUUUUUCGAGGGCACUGGACAAGACUUGGGCGAUAUAGUUCCCGAAACCCUCCCGAGACCACCCAAGACGAAGUCGCCUUUACAAAUUCCCAAUCAGACCGCGAGUAGGCGCCUGGGCGAAGAGAUCUCACCCUCGGAAGAGGUCUCACCCUCGUUUACCCCGGAGAAAGAGAAGAACGCGCCACAACCUUCUACCCCCCCCGAAUCGAAACAUGGAUGGUUCAGAAGAAGUACGCCUUCUGCAGAAAACGGACAGGACCAUGUUAUCGGCACAUCGCCUGCCGUGCCGCCCACCGAAUACAGACAGGAGCCGGCACUAUUAUCCCCAUCAGCGGUUCUUCCGCCGCCGAGUGGGACUUUUGCUGAACGACUAGAAGCCUCCGCCGCUCCGGUGGACUCGUCCGCAUUAGAAACCCCGCUGGGAGAGCAGCCUCUCCCCGCGGUUAGCCUGAAUCAACAAGGCGGUGGUUUGGGCCAAGACAGCAGUAUGGAUUUUAAUAUGCCUACCGAGACGCCAGCCAUGGGCGGACCCGUCCAGUUCGAGCAGCAGCCGGUAACAGUGGCUCCAUCGGAUCUGACAACCUCGGUCGAGCACCCGCCUGUUUCCCUCGACGACCUAGCUGCUGACGACCAGGUGCUUGGUGGUGGUGUCGAUGACCAAGCCCUCGUGCCUUUGAAUCAACCCGAUCAGUUUCAGUCCCCGCCUGGCAUAGGGGGCGAUGAACAAGACGAGGACGACAGUCUUGUGCGGCAUUUUACCGUAACCCUUCCGAUGGCCGCCAACACUCGGGCAAAGUACCUCGAUACUAUCACAGAAAACAAAGCAACUCUAAUAAAGUUUGGCGAUGUAUUUGCGAACUCGUGCUCGAGCGUUCCAGAUCCGGCUUUGGUCACGAAAAUCGACGUCAUAUUCGACCGCUUGCUCAACCUUUGCGACCUGCCGGCGUAUGAGGAUGACCUCCCGGAGCUGAGCAAGGUGGAUAUGAUGAAGCAUGCCACCAAUUCAAACAGCAAAUUCUCGUUUGUUUACGAGUUCAUUAAUGGUCUCUGGGAUAUCAACGCCCGGAUACUCAUAAUCUCUCAACCUGGUCGGGCCUUUGAGUACUUGGAAGCGGUUGUCUCGACGACAGAUUGCCCGUACACAAUCCUUGGGCAAGAGGGCUCUACGGAACAGGGUACCGAGGUGACCUCGGUCGUUCUAGCUGUGGCUGGUCAGGACCUCUCCGCGGUCCAGGGAGGCGUUGACGUUGUCAUCGCAUACGACCAUACGGCCCGAUCAGUAGAGCUCCCGGCGACUCUGGGCUUCGAGUCCAUGGAACCAAUCGUCCUCUCUUUGGUUGCCACCUACUCGCUGGAUCACAUCGACCAACAGCUUCACCAAGCCGAGCAGGACUUGGAUAGUUUAGAACGGCGGAACGUCCUCAAUCUGGCUACUGCUACCGCCAUGGACUAUCUUAGAAAUCCCGAUCGACAAAGCACCGAGCCCCAUCAAGCGGCCAAGACAUUUGCCGCCUUCUUAAGAAACCCGGAGAGUGGCUUGGAUUGGGAGCCCCACCCGCUCCCUGCCGACAUCUUCGAGAUGUGGCUCAGUUCGCAAGAGCGCACUCAGGAGUCCCAGGUCGACCUCCUGGCUGAAGCUGCCGGCCGGAAACGUCGCUUGGACGGCAUCGAUGAUGGGAUUCCUAAACGGCCGAGGCUUCUCGAUUCUCAGCUUCCCUCUCGCAACUCAACACCGGCGAGGAUGACCGACCUGUUGAGGCAGACACUCACAAACCACCCGGUCAGCGGGCCAACCGCCCAGGUGGUCGAAGUGCCUGUGGAGCAGCUCGAGAAGAUGUCGGCCAAGAUUGCGGAACUGGAAAGCCGACUCGCCUCACAAGCCGUGAUCGAGGCCAAGACGCGUGAGCAUUGCACAAGUUUGGAGUUGCAACUCCGGUCCCAUGAGCGCACCGUUCAGUCGCUGGAGCCAAAGUAUAUGGACGCUCUUCGCGAUCGUCAUACUUUUGAGAAGGAGUGCAAAAAAGCCGUUGAGGCCGCGAAAGCUCAGCAAGACGAGGCGGAGGCUUUGCGAGAAAAGAACAAGCUUCUGGAAUCCAAGUUCGCCGAGGCUCGCGAUACAUUGGCGAACUCGACAGUUCCUGAAAUUGCGAGGGUUGCUCAGGCGGAGAAAGACCGCGACGAGGCCCUCGCCACGGUGCAAAAGCUCGAAAAGAAGGUCCAGGGCGUGCAGAACGAAGCCGAGUACAGCCGAAAGGCAUACCAGGACACGUUUAAUGCGCACACCGGGCUCAACCAGGAGCACCAGGAGCUGAAGAGCAAGGUCACCGACCUCGAGAGGCGUGCCGGCGAUAACCUGCGCAAAAUCCACGAGAUCCACGCCCAGAACGAGCUGACCGAGGUCAACCGGCAGAUCGACGAGCUCCAAGCGACGCUGGACAACCGCGAGCGCGAGCUGGAGCGCGCCAAGGAGGAGCUCAAGAUCCUGCGGAACGGCCGCCGCGAGACUCGCCAGGCUAGCGUCCCGCGCAGUCCGCGCAUGGGGGUUAUGAGCCCCCGGCCCGCCCGCGGGGUGGGAGCCAGCAGCCGGGGCACCAGCCCCGCGGCCAUGAGCUCCGAUGGGCCGGGCGUUGGUGGUGGUGGCACGCCCGUGCCGGGCAUGACCUUCUUUCCGCCUGUCGGCGGCGCUGGUCGCUGGGGACACCUCCGUGACUAG